AAAAAAAAGGUUUUCAUUUUCACAUUCACAUUCCUUUCUCUUUACCUUGCUACUCUUCCACGAUGUCAGUUUCUUCGAUUUGGUGAUCUGCUUCUCGGACAUGUUGGUCGCGAUCUUUCCCUUUAAUGCCCACCCACAAUUCAAACCCACCAACAGAAACGGGUGUUGAUGGAAUUUUGGAGAUGGGUUUGUUUCAGAAUUUCAGUAACAAGGCCCAAUUUUAAGGGUUGGAUGAUUAUGAAUCGGUUUUUAUUUAACUUAAAUUUGGCCCUGUAAUUGGCUUCUUUCUGGUGGAUUUUCUUUCUCUUUCUUUUUUUUCUUUUUUUUUUUCCUUUUGUUUCUUUGAUUAUGGGUGGGUGUUUUCCUUGUUUUGGAUCCUCCGAUGAAGAUGGUAGUAAUGGUGUCAAGGAAGCUACUAAGAAGGAUACUGCUAAGGAUGGCUCCACCGCUCAGUCUCACCAUGUUACCAGAGUGAGCUCAGAUAAAUCGAAGUCACGGAGUGUAUCUGAUGCUAAGAAGGAGGCAACCGUUCAAAAGGAUGGAACAACAGCACACAUUGCAGCCCAAACAUUUACAUUUCGGGAGCUUGCAACAGCCACAAAGAACUUUAGAUCAGAAUGCUUGUUGGGAGAAGGGGGGUUUGGAAGGGUUUACAAAGGUCGCCUGGAGAGCACAGGACAGGUAGUGGCUGUGAAGCAGCUUGACCGUAAUGGUCUUCAAGGAAAUCGGGAAUUUUUGGUGGAGGUUCUAAUGCUAAGCCUGUUGCAUCACCCGAAUCUUGUUAACUUGAUAGGCUAUUGUGCUGAUGGGGACCAACGUCUUCUUGUUUAUGAGUUCAUGCCGUUGGGUUCAUUGGAAGAUCAUUUGCAUGAUCUUCCACCAGAUAAGGAGCCCUUGGAUUGGAAUACCAGAAUGAAGAUUGCAGCUGGUGCUGCGAAAGGAUUGGAAUAUUUGCAUGACAAAGCAAACCCCCCUGUUAUAUAUCGAGACUUGAAGUCAUCUAAUAUUCUUCUUGACGAAGGCUACCAUCCCAAGCUGUCAGAUUUUGGUCUUGCAAAACUGGGUCCAGUUGGUGAUAAGACUCAUGUCUCAACGAGAGUGAUGGGAACAUAUGGUUACUGUGCUCCAGAGUAUGCCAUGACUGGCCAACUCACUCUCAAAUCGGAUGUAUAUAGUUUUGGAGUUGUCUUUUUAGAACUUAUCACAGGACGCAAGGCAAUCGAUAAUACCAGAGGUCCAGGGGAGCACAAUCUGGUUGCAUGGGCUCGGCCACUUUUUAAAGAUCGACGGAAGUUCCCUAAGAUGGCUGAUCCACUAUUGCAAGGUCGAUAUCCCAUGCGGGGCCUUUACCAGGCAUUGGCAGUUGCAGCAAUGUGCUUGCAGGAGCAGGCUGCAACAAGACCUCUAAUUGGGGACGUUGUUACUGCUUUGACGUAUUUAGCUUCCCAAACUUAUGAUCCUAAUGCAGCUGCUUCUCAAAGCAAUCGAAUGGGUGGUUCUACUCCGCGAGCCCGAGAUGAACGAAGAGGUUUUCCAGAUGGACUGGAUAGCCCUGAUGAGCGUGGACGAGGACGUGGUUCCCCAUCGAACUACAGAAAUUCACCUGAUUACCGAAAGAAAGACUUCCAUAGGGAAUUGAGUUGUGGAGGUACAGAGCUGAGCAAAAUUGACACUGGAGGUGGAUCUGGUCGAAAAUGGGGAUUGGAUGAGCUAGAACGACAAGAAUCUCUGCGAGACAGUCCUGUAUAUGCUGGGAGAGCAAGGGAAACGCCAAGGAACCGCGACCUAAACAGAGAACGUGCAGUUGCAGAAGCAAAAGUAUGGGGUGAAAACUGGAGAGAGAGAAAGAGAGCAAAUGCGCAAGGCAGCUUUGACGGUUCACAAGAAUGAAAGAGAAGAAGCUUGAAGUUCCAUGUCACAUUGUGCUUGAUCUUCUGAUAGGAAAUGAAUUUGCCAGUGCCUACUAGACUACAGGUAAAAAUUGCAGGAAGAAGAGGAAGAAAAGAUUCAGAUUACAGAACUACAGGUAUCAUCUUCCAUUUGCAAGUCCAUCCCAGAAAAUAAAAUUUUUUCUAGUAUCAAUUGCAUCCAAGUUUUACUGUUGUUGCUGGUGGUUCUUCUAUGAGUGUGGAAAACAAUGGUGAGGUAAAAAAAAGAGGGAGAAUGGUAAUCGAAUCAAUGCGUCGAGCGUAGGUUGGUUGGUUGGUUCCUGGUUAAACCAUGUAAAUUUUAGAGGUAUCUGAAAUUUCAUGGUGAGAAUAGGAAUGAGUAUUGGAAAAAGUAGUGAGUUUGGUGUGGGGUUUCCAUUGUUACUUAUGGCUAUAAGUUCACUUCUUUCUUCUUAGUCUUACAAAUCCCUUUCUUAUAUGGAUCCUCUCUGAGUCCCAGUUGGUCAUGCUUUCGGCUUAUACACAAAGGUUUGCUGUUCAUUCUCUCCCUCUCUUCCAUCUUUCUUAGUGUUGUUUCGUUAACUCGCUUAAUCUCUCUCUCUCUCUUCUCGAGAAAUUAUUGGAUGAGGUUAGAACAAUUUGACUGGCACUUCUGUAUCGUUGGAUGUAUGACACAAAUUAUAAAUCGUAUAUCAAAUGGUAGGUGACAUACAUCCAACGGUUAUUGGGGGCAGACACUUGGUGACCAAAUACAAUAAUUUUUCUUCUCUUC